AUGUUCUCGCCAUCAUCGUCGUCCUCGUUUUCGUCCUCCAGCGGCGGCUAUUUCCUGCAGGCGGGAGUCGCCGCCGUAUUAGACGUGGCCAAGCACUUGGGAUUGGAUCCACUACAAAGCAGCGACUCGGAAAGUUUUUCUCAGUUCCAGGAGGUGCGCCUUUCCGGCAGCGCAGCAGCGCAAGUCGAAGUGCUGGUGGAGACUGAGGCAGCUAAGGGUCUCGUUUUAGGCAACAGCUCUGUACUGCGGGCCUCGGGGAGAGACCGCUGGCUCGCGCUUCGAGCGCGGUCGUGCCGCUCCUGCUACUACCGAACCGUUGUUUACGCCUUGGACAGCCGCGAAGGUUGCAACGCGACACUCACCAGAACAAGAGGAGAAUGGCACAGCCCCCACCAUCCGGAUUUCUACCCUCCGGGAUUGCACUGUUUCAUAACCAUACUGGCACCCGUUGGACACCGCAUACUGCUCCGUAUCCCGUUCCUUGAGUUGCCGCCCGCAAAGGACCCCCGCUGUGAGCACGACAGCCUGGAGAUUGGACCCCUGGCGGGCCGCGGGCCCAGCACCGUCGUGCUCUGCGGAAGCCGGCGGAACCUCACGUACCUGUCUCUCGACGAGAGGCUCUCCAUCGCGUUCCACAGCGACCCCCUGCUGGAGGCCGAAGGCUGGACGGUCAAGUACGAGUUCGUCAGGCUCUGUCGGAACGAGACCCACGGCGAGGCGAACGGCCGCGUCUGCUAUCCGCCCGGCAAGAGCACGUCGCUCCUUUACUCGGCUCCCGGCGACUGCCACUUUGCGCUGGUCGUGCCGCUGGGCUACGAGGUGCAGCUCAGCUUUAGCAUGCUCCAGGUGUCGGCCGUGCGCGCUUCCUCGUCCUGCCCUGACAGCUUCCUCGAAGUGUCGUCCGGAGGCGUGGAGCACCGGUUCUGCGGCAACUGGACGGGAAGCCCCGAGCUGGCGGCGCUGCGAUCCGCGGGCAACGCAAUGACCAUCCGUGUGCACCUCCAGGAACCAGCCGGGGGCCCCAGCUUGCUGGCGCUCAGUGCCGCCAGCCUGGGCUUCUGUGCCACGUACGACGCGGUGCUCGUGAACCAGUCUCUGGCGGAGGACUGCGAGUUCGGCUGGGUCUCCUGGGGGCUGCACUGCUACAGGGUGUUCAACGAAAGCCUCUCCUGGGCCAAGGCCAAUGACGUGUGCGCCUUGCAUGGCGGCCACUUAGCCAGUGUCACCGGAGAAGACGUGCAGUCGCUUCUGGAUGCUAUGCUGCUCGCGAGUACCGAGUACAAGAACCAUCAUCACACCUUCUGGAUUGGUGGGAAUGACCUGCAGUACGAAAAUUGUUUCACCUGGGCUGACGGUCAGGAAUUUGAGUACACACAUUGGUUCCCUGGCUGGAGCAGUCACGGCGGCUAUGGCGCCCAGCCCAGCGACGACGGCCUGGCGCAGCAGGACUGCGUCGAGGUGCGCGACGUGUUCCUGUUCCCCAGCAAGGGCCAGGGGCACACGGCCACCUUCUUCUGGAACGACCGGCACUGUGCGGUCGCCAACCCGUUCGUCUGCCAGCGGCUGCGCCAAGGUGCCACUUUGGAGGUUGGACGCACUGUGGAGUGCAACCGUACGCUGGUGCUCAGCCCCGAUCACAGCCGUGGCGUGGUGUCGAGCCCCAACUUUCCCGGUGCCUACCCCAACAGCCAGCGCUGCUCCGUCGAAAUCCAGGCGCCAGCAGGGUUCCGCGUGGAACUACGCUUCAACGAAUUCCUGCUCGAGGACCAUCCAGGGUGCACCCACUUUCUCAACAUUCUUUCUGCCGACUGCAGGACACGCCUGAUCGCCUCUGCCGAAUUUGACUGUCUUGAAGCGAUGAUUAGGUCUCGCCGUAUACCCGCUGAUCACUGUCAUGCGACAGCAAAUAUGUGCGAAUACGACUACGUUGAAAUUGAUGAACCCGAUGAGGAACGCAGUAGCGGCCGCCUUUGCGGCGACUGGAGCGGAAGGGUGAAACUGCUGCGUCAGUACAGCCAUGGCCGACGCCUUCGAGUUCAUUUCGUCUCCGACUUCUCGCACGCCUUCAAAGGCUUCAAAGCAGAAGCUGUUCUCAGGCCAGAGGCGGUGCCGACGCAGCUGUGCGAUGCGCGCCAGUUCCAGCGUUUCGCUGACCACUGCUACCUGACGGCCAGUUUCCCUGAAGUGUCCUGGGCCACAGCGCAGCGCGUCUGCAGCGAGUCGCAGGCCACGCUGGCCGCCGUCCGCACGGCGGCUCAGGAGGCGCACCUGAGGGCACUCGUGGCUGCCACCGAGGGCUCCGGCUCCGGCGCCUGGUACUGGCUGGGCGGCCGCAAAGUGGGCCAACGGGCAGACGCUGGCUCCUGGGUGGACGAGGCGAGUGCCGAGAACGCCGCCGACACCACCGAAGAGCCGCCCGGGGAAACGACCAGCUCUGGGACCAAGGGGACGCCUCUGUGCCUGGCAUUGCAGUGGCGGCCCCAGCAGAACGGGAGCGACCUGCACUGGGCCUGGAAGCCGUGCGACCAUUCCGGCCGAUACAUCUGCCAGAAGAAAGCCUUCACGCUUCCUCAGGAUUUGAACUCGACGCACACGGAACCGUCGGGCACGCUCACGUCGCUGCACCACCCGGCGCACUACUUGAAUGAUCUGCACUACUCAGUGUCCAUCGUGGGGCCACCUGGCUCGCGGGUACUGCUCUCCUUCUCUCGUUUGGACCUCGAGUGGCAGGCUGACUGCCUGUACGACUACAUCGAGAUCGAGAGCCCGCACAGCCAGGUUGAUCCCGUGCGCAUCUGCGGACAGCACGAGGCCGACCUCGACAGGUUCGACCACUUCUCGGAGUCCAAUGAGCUGCGACUGACUUUCCACUCGGACUACUCGGUUACAGCCACGGGCUUCGCAGCUAGCUGGACGACGGUUGAUAUGGCAUCGCUGUGCCACGACCCGCCAUCUACUCUCACUGCGUACAAAGACCGGCCGCAGUCGCUUAUCUCGCCGCAUUACCCGAACUUCUACCCCAACAGCAUGCACUGCAGGUACGUGAUAAAGUCCGAGGCACCCAGCCUGCCGGUGUUGGUGACGGUGGAGGACCUGGACGUAGGCGUGCGGGAAGCCUCGGGUCACUGCCUGGGCGACCGGCUCAGCGUGAGGCUCAGCGCCACCACGGCCAUAGGGAGCCCAGCCACAAUCAGCCUGUGCGGCGGCGACCUGAGCGUGCAGCGUGGCUUCCAGCUGCUCUCGUACGGCGACACGCUCAAGCUGACUCUCGAGGCCCAGCAGCACAGGACGCGGAGGCACCGAGGGUUCAACAUCACGUACCACGCACGUGAGUUGCAGGCAGCAGCAUAUGGUCGCACCUACUUAGUAUUCUUGCUUAUUAUUUUAUACCUUGUCAGCAUUGCAUUGUUCUCUAGGGUGAAACUUCUUUUUACGACCGUGAUUCGUAAGCACCCUCGGACGCCUCAGCUAAAAGGGCCGCUGUACAAGUGUAAUUCUGCCAGUAGUCAAACUUGUUGUCUGUACAUCUGCUGCGUCGCGAAACUCGGGCAUACCCGCAACGCUCCGACGUUCCUCGCAGUGUCCGGCUCAUCGCUGGAGACCACCCUGCAGCUGCCGGCUCGCGCUCGGGGCUUCGUGCAGAGCCUCAACUACCCGCACCGGCCGCCGCAGGGCUUGGCCUACAGCGUGCGCCUGCUGGCGCCGCUGGGACAGCGCGUCGAGCUGCGUUUCGUAAACCGCAGCGUUGCCCCGGCGGCCGCCGUCGCUGGCGCUGUCCACCUGUGGGACCCGUACCGGACCCCGCAGCUGGCGCUCAGACUCGGCGCUGGCGCCGACAAUGCCACCGUCUCGUCCACGCUCCACACGCUGCGGCUAUCGUACAGCGCCCCGGCGGCCCCAUUCCAGGCCUACUUCAUCACACGAAAAGAUCCUUUGUACCUGGACAAAACCGUGACGCUGCUGGCAGACGUCUCCCUGGACUCCUGUAUGCCAAACCCUUGCCUUAACGGAGGAUCCUGUAUCGAAGACGUGACUUCCAAGAAGCGCCUCUGCAGUUGCACUCCGCCGUUCGCAGCGAUGUUCUGCCACGUGCACGUGUGCGACGUGGGCGACGCCUGCAACGGUCGUGGCAAUUGCAGCGUGUCAUCAUCGGGGGCGCUUCAGUGCUCGUGCCAGCAGGGUUUUGAGGGUCCAGACUGCACCCAGACAGUAAACCCGUGCGCGGGACAUCCCUGCGGGCCCCAGGGCCGCUGUGUCGCCCUCAAUGGAUCCUUCGUCUGUCACUGCAACAUCUUCUUUGAAGGGCUGCGCUGCGAGAAGCAGCUGUUCCGUCUGCCGUACCGUCCUCUCAGUCAGAGGAUGCUUGAGGAGCCCUUCUGGUUAGGGCUGAUCACCGUCUCAGCUGUGCUUUUGCUCAUAUUGCUAGUCUACUGCAUAAAACGCAAGUUCGCCGACAAGAUUGAGAAGUUUCUGGCCGAAGAGAUUGAACGCAGCAAAAACAAUCCGUCGCCGCCCGCGACACGUUACAGCCUGAGUUCCACCCAGCCGAGCCUGACGCCCGCUAGUCUGAGCCCGCAGCCAUGUCAGCGGUCACUGCUGAGCCGCAUUCGGCGGCACAGCAUCCGAAGUGCGCAGGGCGGUUCCAGCCCGUCCGACAAGGAGCAGGGGGCCUGCACGUUCAGCUUCGAUGAGCUCCUCAAGCGAUCGUCGCAGUCCUCCGGCUCUAAGAAGCAGUCAGCCAAUUCCAGCGACAGCGACAACCCGAUGCCUGGUACCAGCGGUCCGGGCCCGGCUCCUAAGGAGAAGGAGUCCGAGACCUCGCGAAUCCUAGCCUCGCUGGUCACUUCGUCGAAAUCGCCGGGAAAACGGAGGAUGAGUCUAGAUGAGUUUAUCAAGCUCAGCGAGCGCAAGAUACAGAGCAUCAAGCGCGAGGAGACCCCUGGGGACAUAUCGGACGUGUCAGUUGCCAGCGAGGGCAGCAUGGAGACUAGUUUUAUCCAGAGGACCGCAGAAUUUCACUCCAUCCGGGAGCAGUCGCAGGAGCAAAAUUCUUCUUCGGACAGCAUAAGCGCGGGGCCUAAGACCAGUGAGGUGCAGGUCGAGGUGACGCCGAUACCCGAGUCUCCUUCGCGAUGCUCCACCGGGGCUGAAACCUUGUGUCGCCAGGACGCCGUGGCCAGUGGUGGCUCACGCUCACCGUCGCCGCGCUCUUUUGUCGAGCAACAGUCGUCCUCGUUGGAAGAGAAGGCCAAGGAGACGCCGAGUACGACGACGGCAACAGAGACGGCGAUGGUGGCGGAAACGCUGGCAACUCCCAAGGCAGAGCCCGGUUCGCCUAAAGCUGCCGGAGGGGACCCAAAGGGUGCUUUCUUGGACCUGCUUCAGAAAACAAUGAUGGCCGCCUCACCGGCCGCGUUUCCCAAGUCCCCAACGAAGCAGCAGCAACAACAACAGCAGCAGCAGCAGCAGCAGCAACAGCAGGACUCAACGCAGGUGUCUAUGCUGAGCCUACCGAAGGUGGGCAGCGGCUGCAAGCAGAAGGCCGCGGAUCUGAGCGUCCCGAGGAAAUAUUCCGUCGACCUGCCGAUGCCCAAGAUCCUGAUCACAGCCAACAUGAGCUCCUGCGAGUCCGAGGAAGCGCCGAGCCCACCCAGAACUCCGAACCCAUCCUGCAAGACCAUGAACUACCUGAGUCCGCUCACCAUCAUGUGCUCCUCAGCGGACCGCACCAUAUCGGAGUCGAACCUCAGCACGUCCGGGUACUCUUCGCUCUCCAGCCCGGGACUGUCCAGGUGCAACUCGAGCAGUCCCAUCGCUGACGAGCUGGAGAACCCCGCGCACCAGGGCCGGCGCGCCAGCGUCUCCCCCAAGAGCGGCCAUUCGCUAUCGCCCAACUACCUGUCAUGCGGUGCCAAGGCGUUUCAGUUUCCGGUGGCCCAGGCCUAUCCGUACCUCGAGGCACACCGGCCAACGUCUCCACUGCUGCAGAAGCGGAGGUCGUCCAUAGGGGGAGCUCUGUGCCCUGCGACGCCGUCCCUCAAGGACCGUGUGACGCUCAAGGGCAAGUACCGCGCCACGCGGCAUAACUACCAGACCACCAGCACAGAGGACUCUGUCGAUGAUGAGGGCAUAGGCAUCGACAUCGCGGAAAUUAGGAUGAGCAAGUCAUGCAUCCGGGGCGGAGGCUCCGUGGACAUCAUCCUCGACACGGGAAAGUUCGACGUCCCCGAGCGAGACGUGUCCAGGGCCACGUCCCCGUUCGCCAAGAGCAUCAGCUUCGAGAGCCCGCGCUGCCGUAAGGCGGACAAGCACCGCAAGGGAGAGAAGCACCGCCGUCCCACGCCGGGGAGCUCGCCCGGCAUCACGCCCAGCUCCGAGUCGCUGCCCAACGAGCUGCUGGUGGCAGAGGCCAAGCUGUCGCGCAACCCGUCCAAGAGCAGCAUGGCUGCUGCCGUGGCGGCCCACUCCACCUCCGACUCGGACGACGGCGAGCAGCGACCGCGGCGGCCCUGCAAGAGCCCCCGGGCCAGCAGCGCGCGGAGUCCCGUGGACGGCCGAGCCGCAUCGCCCCUCUUCGUCUGCCAGCGCUCCUCGUCCUCGGACUCGCUUCCGUCCACCAACGAGGAUCAUAUGGGCACCGAUUGCUCGUCCACCGAUUGCAGCGCCGACCGCGGCGGCCACCCCUUCUCCGAGCUGGCUAUCGUCAUCGACUCGUCGCACUGCGCGCCUGGUCAAACCAUCGAGCUGAUUCCGUGCCUGCCCCGCCUGCGCGUGCAUCCGCCGCCGCAGCGUCGGGAGGAGGCCACAAACACUCAGCCGCCCUCGGCGCUGCCGUCGCUGCGGCUCAUCUCGCCCGAGGGCAGCACCAGCAGGAGCCUGGACGAAACCGCGGAACCACGCUCGCCCAGGCCUCCCAGGAGAUCUUCGCUGAGUCCUUCUGGAAAUCAGAGCUCGUUUUCGGCCGGUGAAGGUAGCAUUAGGAUUCCAACGUCUCCAACACCAACUCAUCACCAAAUACUAAAGCGGCAAGAGGCGCUCGUGGAAGACGAUGGCAGCGAUGAAUCGGUCAGCGAGACCACGGUGCUCCUGCCGCGCAGCCCCAAGCAGCAGCCCGGUGGCGCCUCCCCGAGGAGCGGCGGCGACAGUGCCAGGGCGCGCACGCGGAUGGGCUCGCCUUUUCCCUCAUCCCUGGACUCGGCCGACGGUGGAACUCAAGGCGGGCGGGACGGUGACGCGACCGAGGACCUCUACGACUCCCCGGGGGACGUCGUCUGAGGAGCGCUAAGCGCUCUCGCCUGACGUGCGCGUUUUAGGCGCGCGUUUCAAGAGGCGCGGCUGCCUCGCUCUCGUAUUUCGAAGGGAGAGGCGUCUUAGGCGCUGGCGACCCACUGCCGAGAUCUAGAUAGUGUUCUCGAGUACCAAGCCGCAAUCGUUAAUAUCGUUCUUACGCCCCGUGCUGUACCGAGAGCCACUUUCGGUUGACUUAUUCUGCUGUGCGAAAGGCUCCCUUCGGGCUGCGGCAAGUGAGCAGCUGUGCGAUGUUAGCUUCCCACAUUUCACGUUUUCGGCGGCGGUGCGAAGCUCAGACACCGGCGUGAAAAAGCACGCACACCUUUGGUGCCACCCUCCACCCCACCCCCACCCCCCCCACCCCCGCGCAUCGCUUCCCAUCACUCCCGUCCAUUAUAAAGUCGACCAUGCUUGCCCUCUGUUCUUUCGGAAAUCCCUCAGGUGAGCUCCCUGACUGGUGCCUGAUGUCAUCAGUGUGGUCAGUAAAACAGGCUGCAGAGCAAAUACUGACCACACGAAGAGGUCUUGAAAUGGCGCUGAAAUUUAAGGAAGAAAUAAACUGCAUCCACGACUCAGUGAGCUGUUCCCCUGCGAUGGUCUGAAUACCCGCGUGUCUACAGAAAGGGCUCUCGAACCAAUCUCUUGCGUUGCUCAGCCACGCGUUUGGCAGAUCGCGAUCUACGUUGGCGCGAAACGUUGUGCAAUGCGCUGCUCGCGGGUGUAGUCGCCACAGUGUAGUAGUGAUCUGCAUAGUUUUGGUGGCCCAUUAUGCAGCCGACCGAGAGUACAACACUUUUGGGCAUGUGUGCGUGUGCGUGCCGGUCCUGUGUGCGACGGAGAGCACACGGACUCAACCAGCACCACUCCCUUAAGAGCGCAAGCAAGGCAGCCGCGCCGGCACUUUUCUCGACCGGGACGAAGCAGCGAAUCGCCAUACCUAGGUGAACAGCUGCUCGGCCCUGAGUGUUUUAAAUAGCUUUUGUUAUUUUCAAUUUUGCUGUUUCAGCGCUACGCCGCGGAUACUGCGUGCGCCAUGCGUUAGUCGUAGUGGCCAAAUGGAGCUCAUUUCCUGUUUGAUGCUCGGAAGCACAGGUGUACAAGGUGUCAUGCUGCAUCAUAUUCUUCUCUCAGAAAGCUCAGAGCUGCUGCUGCUGCUACUGCUGCUUUAGAGUGGAAGGAAUGCACUUCAUGAUUUUUAUAUAAGGUCGUGUUCAUUGUGCAUACGCUAUUGGAGGUAUUCUAUAUGCAAGUACUGCGGCGAAAGUCGCUCACUUCGAUAGAACUCUCUAUGGGAAAUAGAAACGAGGAGACGAAGUUGUUUUCUAUGUUCGUGUCUGGUGCGGAGUCAUUGUCAUUGUUUAAUUGACAUGGUGCUGAACUGCUCGAGAAUUUCCAAUUCUGUGAUUGAUAGCAACGUUUCUGUUCUUUGCUUUAAUCCACCACAGAUGCAUUCACAUUGCCCUUGAAGAAAAAUAUAACGCGAAAAUCACCAGUCCCUUCGCAAGAAAACCGAAACUGUGCAUUGAAUCUUGUAUGCUGCAGUACUGUUGACGCCUCAUUCACGUCGCUAUAACUGUGACUGAAGCUGCGUUAAAAAAAAAAAGAAAAAAAAGAUGAAGACGACGCUCUGUCUGGAGCAAGCAGUAUUUAUUUCUUGUGCUGGAAGGCAUUUCAGUACACCUUCUGGCGUUCGUGCGCCGUAGAUCGUAGCUCCUGUAGCGUCGCAAUGUGGCCAGCUUAUAGAAACUCCCCGCGAUUCAGGGCUUGAAACCAUGCGGUUUAUAGAUUCUUAUUCUCAGAGUAGCAUAUGUAGAGUCACGCUCGGCCAACAGUGACCAAUUCUUCAGAUGCGAGCUACUAAUGGCACAAGCCGAGUGUUAGUAAUAGUGUUUAACUUUCGCGGCCAACAAGAAGGUAAUAAAUUCUAGCAUGGUAGCUUCAGCUAUACCCAAAGUUUGUUCGCGUGCGUGCGUGCGUGCGUGCGUGCGUGCGUGCGUGCGUGCGUGCGUGCGUGCGUGCGCGUGCGUGCGUGCGCGUGCGUGCAUGCGUGCGUGCGCGUGCGUGCAUGCGUGCGUGCGUGUGUGUGUGUGUGUGUGUGUGUGAUUUUUUUUUUAGUUUUAUCUCCUUCGUUCAAGAUAAGGGCUAAAUAGUGCAAGGUAACCCUUUCGACAAAAUUAAGAGGCGUAUCUAUAAAGUACGCACAAUUUGUCAAAUAACUCCGCAUUGGCACUAGAAUGGCGGGCUUUCGUGCACGCUUGUAUUGUAGACGUCACAUCCGGAGUAAUUGGAUGCACCGCACCUAUGAAUUCGGUCUCCGAUCCUUUUAUUGAAUAGGUUUUGUGUGUCUACUGUGACUUAUCAAAGCUUCGCAAUAAAAUAACGAAGAAGUAAUAUACAGUAGGCGAACAAGACAUGUCUCAAACUGGAGCCAACGUUUCGACAAGGAGAGAGACCCUUUGUCGAAACGUUGGCUGCAGCUUAAAGCAUCUGCUCUUCGACUACUCUUUAUUACCGUAACUUGGGUUCUCUGCGAGCAGGUGUAGUGUAGAAGAAACACAUUGAGAAGGUGGUUCAGCAACUCCAAAGGGGGUGAGAACGUUCGUAGCUUGAAGCGAGGCGGUAGGCGAUCUUUAUUUAUUGAUGACCUACUGCGUGUGGUCACUGAGAAAGUAAGUAGUUCCGACCACCGCGCCAAAAGACCAAAACCGGAUCGCAGAAGACCAGCGGCGGCACGAGAGAAUUAAUACGAGCACCGAUGAUAGCAAUUGCAGUUAGCUUUCGGUAGCCUUUUCGAGAAUUUUCAUUAAUUGUGCAUUUAUACCGCUCUUUGAUGAUGCGGUACUGCACAAAAUUUUGCCGCGUAUGCCGGUUAUCUUAAUUUUUGUGCUCAUUAUGGGGGAAAAAAUGUAAGCUGCGGUUUGCAGAAUUGAUUGAAGGGGUCCCACAUCCUAAAGCAGCACUGCGGUUAUGAAGGACGUAAUAUUGGACGACUCUGGAAUAAUUUUGACCUCCUGGGUUUCUGUAAUGGGCCACCUAAGCUGACGAGCGUUCUCGCAUUCCACGCCUCGCAUAAUGCGGCCACCAUGAGUGCGAAUCGAACCUGCGACCUUGUGCUAAGCAGUAGAGCGUAUUAGCCAUCGCGGAUGGCAAAUAAAAUUAACAGGUCAUAAGGAACGGAAAGCUAUUUUGGUUAUUUAGUUAGUGUUGUCAUGGUUCGUAAUUUUGUUUUUGUUUAAUUAUUGCAACGGACUUGAUGUCUGGAUACUCCUCGUACAGUAUGAUAUCUAAGGUGUGAUACCCUGUAACAUUCCUCAAGAUAUUAGACAGGGCCUUUUUUUUUCCUGCUAAUAGCAUUACUUUGGGAUACCUACUUACUAUUUGCUGUGACCGGCGCUCGGAACUCUAUGAUCACUACCGCCAAAGUAGCUGCCUAGUCGCUUUUCAAUUUUGUUCGUUGAAUGUAAAGUAGUUAGAAUUUUUUUGUUUUUUUUUUGUUUUGUUAGGUAGACGUGCUACCUCCACAUUUGCCAUGCUUAUCGGAGGGUUCUCGACGUAAUGUCAACAUUUCGAUAUCUGUAUGCGCGAACAAUUGCGCCUGUAUAAGCUUUACCACACUAAGUAAGCAGCGCGGCGCGUUAUCUCGCAUAAUUGCAGUUUCUAGAUAAAUACUAAAAACCGUGCAUGCGCACACGCGUCUGUACUCACGCCAUCGUUGUGUAGGCUUAGCUAGCUUAUCUUUAAGCUCGUUGUUAAUUUGUUAAAAUCACGAACCGCCCCUUUCCGCACUUAUUGCGUUAUGCAAAAAAGCUACUUUCUUUUUGUGCUUGGUGAUUCACCACUUGAUUUAUUUAUAUUGGGAAUAUUGGCAACAAAUAUGCGGCCGGUCUUUCCACAACGACGGGUGCUUUAUGCGCCCAUUUCACCAUAUCAGGGCGUUUCCUUCCGUCUCAACGAACGGUAUAUGUCACCCCCCUCUUUUUUUCUUUUUUGCGUGCAUAAUUUUCUUUCGAGAUGAAGUGACAGUGACACACUUAUGUACGCAGAAGACAGAUAUGACGGUGAAAUUCAAUUUAGAAACGUAACCGCUUUUACGUACUUGCCGCAAGUACCAAAAAAAAAGGAAGAAAUAAAUAUCUGCUUUCACCAAGCCUCCAGUGAACCAUUUAUCACAUGUUCCGGUUCGGCAUCGCCAGUGCGUGUUAAUGGAACGGUUAGGUUCUGAAUUUUGCGCGCCAGCGAGCGUUAGAUCUUUUUAAACCAAGUUCACCAAGUUACCACGUAUUUCUGACAGGAACUUGUAACGAUACGCCAACUGUUUGGCGUUUGUCAUUGCUUACCGACUGCUCUUGAACGAUGUUCUACGAAGGGGCGCGAGAGAAAGAAUGCGCUGGUAGGUAGUUUCGUAAUGCUACGGAUCACUGGGAUGGCGGUAUGCUGCCAUAUACGUAAUGUAUGUGUCUGCCGUGUCAACGUAUACAAGGUGUCCCACGUAUCUUGAGUCAAACAUUGCAUGUAUGCAAAUACCACGUAGCUGGACAGAACCAAGAUAAUGUUGCUUGGGGUCGCUUAGAGAUACUCAAAUUAUUUUUUCCGCAUUUCGCCUAAUUAGAUCAUUAGUCUUGAUUAAGCAAUCAGUUUUUCAAACAAAUUAGAUGAAAAGCUCCCUAUACAGCUUUCUGUUGCUCAAUACGUGCUACAUAAAAGUUUUUUCGAGCGUGAAAGAAGUCCGCAAAUACACGCAAAAUUGCCGCGUGACUGGCCGCUCGAUGGAUGGAACGCCUGGUCGGUCCUACGCUGCUUAGAUUAAUAUAACAAUUGGCAGAGCCGUAGAUUAUAGUUCGAUGCUCGCAUAGUCUCGUAUAAAAUUAACAAGAAUUAUCUAGAAUGUGUCGCUUGUGUUCUGUUCUACUGAUAAUUCUACUAAGAAGGUACCUAGUCUACUCUGUUCUUCUCCGUCUUACGGCAAAAAAAUGAACAUAUUAUUAUAAAAUAAAUAAAUUAAUUAAAAUGUGGUAAUAAGGUUUUUCAUAAUAAAGAUAGGUUAUUAAUAAAAGAUAAAAGUUAUUGUCAAGGUUUCCUUCUUUCUAAUAAAAGGAGCGUUGAAUUUCACGAUUUAAAAGAAAUAAUAAUAAUAAAGAGAAAUCACGUGGCGUCAGACGAGCAGGUGGUGGUAAUCGACGGCUGGGGAAUGACGCAUACUAGUUCUCGUGGCUACGUAUUUCAACCAUUCGCGUUAAAUGUCUAGCCGUAAUAUUUCAUUGGACGUUUAAUUUUAUUAAAUUGCCGUUAACAAUCUGUUGGCUUCUUAACAUCUAUUUUUGGUACGUAUUGUGCACUACAUUUAAGUUCAGGUGGACUCCCAUAUAAACGUAUGUGCGACGCUUUUCAGGAGUGACGUGGAUUUCCAUCUUCGUUUCAGUACAGCAGGAGCAGCACUGAGCCUGCAUUUCAUCAGGACGCACCGAUUGUGUGAGCUGAUCAUUAGCCGCGAGGCGAGCACCGUUACCUCUCACAAGCUUUACGCGCUAAAGGUAUUAGCGGUUGUUAAUACUUAUUUAGGCUCACCAUCAGCUUCAUGGAGUAACUAAAAGAGAGGUGUCAGUCACUGGCGCGCCCUGCGUUACGCUUAAACGCGAUAACAUUCAUCGCGCGUUGGACCUACUUUCGUACUUCUAAAUGCGAUCACAGUGCUCGGGAGAUGUCAUUAAGAGAUCAUACGAAUAUUGACUUGACGCGGUCAUCUUAUAUUCCUUAUUUUCUCGUUUCUUUCUUCCUCCCCUCAAAAAGCAUACAAUCAUUCAGGGCUUUCUUGCGCAUACAAACAAAGGUGUAAAGCGCGCAGCCACGAUUCUGAGUAAUUCCACACUCCAGAAUGACCGUCCAAAUUUAGGUAGGAAGUCUGCGAUCUAAACACUUCCAGCUAAGGGCAUCACGCGCACUAUACAGUAUGGAAGGCCCACUGUCGCGCGAGCAAACGCCUGAAUUUUAACGAUGCGCGAUCACUUGUCGAUAGCCAUUUGCUGGACCGAGAGGCGCAUCGUACGUGUGCGCCCGUCCCUAGUAACUUGGCUGUGAAUGUAAACGAAGAGUUACCCCAGCGCGCCAUUUGCCCACGUAUGUUUUGUUUUACUCGCUGAGCUCAAAGAGACAGACUGUUUACGAAGUUUGACAGAGGAUGUAAAAAAUCUGUCCGCAGUUUUCUUUUUCUUCUUUUUUUUUUUACUAUAAAGCGUCAACUUAACGAGUUUAUUUUGCGCAUUGCCCCCAGCUCGCAAUAGCCCUCACGAAGAAUGACAUGGCGCAGGCCACUGAUGCCUUGUCUGGUCGGCCGACGAGACGUGCGCUGAAGUGACGAUGCACGGACAGUUUUUCUGUAGCAUACAUUAAUUAAUCAAACGGUUGGGAUAAACGGGACAGUUGGCAUCCGCCUGGGAACUUUCAUUUACCGAUUCAUUCGCCCUCUCCCCAUCAUCUGUUCUCUCCUCAUAGUAGUCUCUGUUAUAGCAGACCGACUGCCCCGGAAAGGCAUAUCUGCGAAACGCGUAUCAAGAUGAUCGAUUUUUUUUUCCCAAGUAACCAAGCUUUCCAAGUAACCUGUAUGGAGGGGUUUCCGUUGUAUCUUCAGGCUCUUCGCAGGGGGGCUCUGACCUCGUCUGAGCCACUGAGCGCGGCGGGAAACCAUGGUUCGUCUUCGCUGAGAGCCGUACACACUGCUCACAGGGACCAGUCAGUGGCUGACUCACCGAGGGGCGCGCAAGACGCAACCCAGUGCUGUUUCGUUUCGGGCGAAGUUGGAGGUUGCAGCUACUUUGGUGCUACCUGAGUAGUUACUGUGCUAAGCAACUCGCAGCGUUAACUGCACAUAGUAGCCCGUUUCACCCGAAUCCCUGUCGCAUUCAUCGUCAGACCCCUUUUUCGCGAACAAGUCAGUAUUACAUAACUCCCCAUCUCUUGGAAACAAUGAGGAAAGAAAUCUUGGCGUUUGGCUCAUCUAGCCCUCGAUCUUUAAGUGUGUACAUUUGACUGUUCACCGUGUUAAGCGCCCCCUUCUCAACCCGCUUUUUCUCUUCUUUCUCUCUCGCUAAUCUUUUUUUUUUUUUUAUAUACGAGAGGGGUGGGGGUAUCCGCCAGCGAACCAUAAGUGAGGCAUUCUGAUAUCGCCUGAGGUACUUGAGUUUGGAGAUAAGUGACCGAUAUACUUUGCUCUCCCUGUGGCGAACAGUAAUUAUCAUCAAGAUACCUACUCGCAAACGCCUCACGCCUGCUAAUAUCGGUCUUCUUUAAUAUAUUCUUCUUUUCCUUCACUGAUUUCGUGUGAUUUACCAUGAUCUCUUUUCAUUUUUGGUAAACUUAGUUAGCUUUCUUUCUGAAUAAGCCGUGCUCCUCGAUAGCGUUAAACUGUUUUCCGGUCUUUGCAGCAAAACAAAAGUAGAGUAUAUGUAUAUAGGCAACAGCGCAGGCAACUGUACACGUCUAGCCCUCAUGUGAUUUGGUCGUCUUUCCGUUUGAGAAUAACUGUGUGCCUUCAAAUGCUUAUAACUCUGUGUGUUGUAGUGCGGUUUUUGUGUGUUUUCAUGCAUUCAGUUGUACGUUGCUUUAAGAAUUUGAAUGUACAUGCACACCCCGUACGCCCCUCUGUGUAUCGUCGUCUCCACGCGAAUCGUGCCCCAUCAGAUGUACAUAUCUCUUAAAGCAGUUAGCACAGCAGUUCACUCACUAAAACAUGUAAGUACGCAGGCGUUUCCCCUUUAUCAGAAAUGACAUUGCGAUAUGUGUCACACAAGUCACGUCACAAUGUCAGAGCUAAGAAGAAAAAGAAAAAAACUCGAUCAGAAGCUUCGACUAUAACUAUUUUGAACGGUUUUUGGUGCAUGGCAGAUGUAAAGCAUCUCAGAGUUUUACUUGAAAUGCAUUCACCUCAACUCUCAUUUCCCUAAUUUAAUUGUCAGCUCGUCCAAGGUGGUAAUGGCUUUCCGCAGUUAUACCCUCCCGAGUAUUCCGGAGAGAACACUCGUGUCACUGUAAAAUAACCGUUCACUUUUCUGAUGGGUUUGACUCAUUGCGGGCCGAGGCACUGCAGCUCUUUGCUACCACUCUACUAUAGUUGUGACAACACGGUCGAUGGGUGCUCUGAGCUAAAACUGCGAACUAUGUUAUUCUCUGUACUGAUUCUUGGUUUCUUGCAUGUGUGUUUGUGCACGCGUUUUCAGUCCUGUUCGUCGUGCAGGUAGUAUUUGUGAGCCAGAUAAAGUGUGAAGGAGUACGUUACUCCCUGUGUUAAUCGUGAAUAUAAAAUUAAUUGCUUCAUUCUUCUGCUGUGACAUCCGGUUCGGCUGCUUAUAAAGAAAUGUCAGUGUCAUGUUGUGAACAGCUUAUUUCCUUGGAUCUGCUAGCCUGCAUUGUUCGUUUUUCUCCCCCUUUCUUCUUCUGCCUCCUUCUUGCAGGUGUAAGCGGCCGCCGUAGAGCAGCAGAAAACAGCUGUAGGCACACCCUGGAUCUGUUUUGUUAAGAUAUUUAAUCACAUUUUGAGGAAUAACUGAAGGUCAUUUGAGAUAGUCAAAGCCUUUCGUCGUACGUCGGUGUGCACAUUGCCUAUUGCAGCAUUUUUGUAGUAUUUUAUUCUUCUUUUACGAUCCUGUUAAUGCAUGGAUAAACAUAAUUUAAGGCUUUUUAAUAUAUAUAUAUAUAUAUAUAUAUAUAUAUAUAUAUAUAUCUGUGUCUGUACUAUAUCAAUGUUGCAAAUAAUGAAAAAAAGCUCACGUAAAGGUGCAUUGAGCAGAAAUUUUUAAAAACUCAAUUUUUAAUUUUUUUUUUUUAUUUGCGACAGCUCAUAAAGACAUGGGGAAACACUACGAGCAUCACCAGUGAUAACACUGUUGAACUCCUUGUGUGUAAUUUUUUUUUUUUUUUUGAUUUGUGAUAGAGGUGAUAUAUAGAUGUUUACCUAACAGAAUAUACGAUGUUGUAGCUAUCAGUAGGCCUCCAAUGUCACAAAACACGACGUCAUUUUUCUCUCUUCGGCGAGGCCAGUAUUCCCCGUUACAGUCCGCCUUAUUGCGUGAAGAAAGGUAGCUGCACCCAAACUUCGCAGGUUCUCCCGGGACAUUUAUUUUUCUAUACACACGUAUGUUCCUUGUAGUUAAUUAACAGUGACGUGCGCUACAGAGGCCUUAAAUGCACCAAAUGCGCUUCCCACUUCGUCUCCAAAAAUCCUAAACGUAAUGCGUUGCACACGUUUGUAUUUCACACACACUUUCUUUUUGUUUGCUUCCUUUGGAAACGUCAGUCCUUGUAUCAGAUCCAUUAUUUGCUCCACGCACUCGCUCCUCCCCAGCCGACAGCGUCACACAAAAACGAAGCAAGGCGGAACACAACAUGUCGCCGGUGCCAUGUCGCUCGCUCAUAUGCAACACCUCAUUUGCCAUGUCAGCCAAACGACUGCAUUCGUUGUACAAGAUAUCCUUCUCUUUCCGUUGCCGUCGCAGACGUGGUUCUCAACAAGCAUGAACUGCAGCGACAAAACGUUCUGGAAGGGCAGUGGAAAACAAACGUUUCCAGACGACUGUUUAUCUAUAAUGCUUCAAUGGUGCAAUACACACUGCACACGCGUGCAUGCAUAUGUGUGUACGUGUUGUAUACAUAUGAAUAUAUUAUAUACACAAAUAUACAUGCAAUAUACACACACACACACACACACGCAAACCUUUAGUUCAGAGUUGUGUGCGAAGUGAUCGGGCGAGCGCAGCAAUGGCGCGAAAGGCGCGCUUCUGCUCGGCACCGCGCGCGUGUGUUCGCGCGAGGAGCUCCCACUGCUGCGCUGCCAAUGAAUGCCCCGCCCCUUCAUUCAUUCCCGUCCCCGAAAGCCCCGCGGGCCACUGCGAAUGUGUAUAUACGGUGCUCGAAACUCAGAUCUUUUCUCUUUCUCUUGUUGGAAAACAUCAUCCGUGUAUAGUGGACCGAUGCUGCGGCCGUUAGCUCUAUUUUUUUAUACGUUAUUUUCUCCGCGACAUGAACCGAGAGGUCAGGUUUGUCGUUUCGAUGCAUCACUCGCCCAUGCCGGCGGCACUUCGCGCCGUCGGUGCGAAACCAGCGCUCAUUCAUGUCUGCACACGCCUGUUGCACGUGGUAAUUGUUUUCUGUUACUCGGCCCGUUUCUUCUUUUCCGCCUCUCUCUCUCUCUCUUUCUCUCUCUCUCUCUCUCGUGUAAUACGUUUCUUUCCUAAUAAAUUUAUUACAUCA